AUGUUCAGUACUAAUCUAUCCGAGUCAGAGGAUGGUCUUUUGAGAAGUAGUUCUAUGUUUGACGAGAUUUUGGCUACCAUUUUUCCUGGGGUUCAAAUCUCUGUCAGUUUGUGGAAGAAUAGACGGUCCCCUUUUUCAUGUGACGAAGACAAGGAAACAGAGGAACUUAAUGAAGAGGAAGCAGGGGAAGAGAGGGCCUCAAACACCGCCGGUUCUAGUCUGCUGCCUUUUGGUCGUUCAACGAUUCCGCGAAAGCGGCCUUGUCUUCUGGCCGCUCUCUCUCGCUCGACCUCGGCUCAAGCGACUAGCUCACAGGCUUUAGGAGCAAUCGCUUCCUCAUUUGAGCCUCAAGGAGCUCAACCUAUGGCCUCUACACUGACCUCAGCCCCUACUUCGCCGCCAGGCCUCGAGGAUGCCUCAUGCUGUUUGGCUGUGCAGCUACAUCGCCUGCUGGCUCGCAUACAUCGUUCAGCCUGGCCAAACUUGGCUAGCUUACCGCAGCCUUCAACCUGUCCUGUUCAAGUGCCUGCUCGUCUCCGCGCUGCCGGCGCUUUGGUAUUUCCAAUGCAGCGCAUCUCACCAGCUGCCGCCCCCAUCCAUGCUCCUGCUUCAGCCCCUGUGGCUGCUGUCAGCCCACUCGCCGCAACUGCGGAAACAGCCUCCUCUGUGGCCAUUGCUACUGCAGCAGUCGCGGGUUUCGCAGGUCCCGCAGCGGCUGCUUGGGUCGCGGCAGGGAUGGAUGCUGUGGCCGCAGCUAGCAACGCAACUGGUUCCGGCUCUGGUAGGGUUCCGGGUUCUGGAACUGCGGGCACUUGGGCCAGCCUUGCUGGCGGCGGCACUGCUGGCCGUAUUGCCACUGCGCCAAUAUGUCAGGUGUAG